GUUUUGAGUUUGUGUACUUUGUACUAUGUCUCUCUCGCAUUCGCAAACGAAUUUCCUCACUUCUACAUUUCUCUCAUCGACCCAUGACCUGCGAAUUCCUUAUUCUAGAGCGGUACUCUCUUAUCCUCCUCUCCAAACACACAGGAUUCUCUGCGCUGCGAAGCGAACCGGGAAGCGGAGAUACCCUUCUGAGAGGAGGAAGCUUAGAACGGAGCAGAAGGAAGCUGUGGCAAAGGUUAAGAACAAGCUUGAAGGAGUUUGGCGUCUCUCUAAGCUCGGUGUUCCUGUCGGAGAUGACCCUGGAAAAGAUUUUCUUGGAAUUUCGGAAGGUUUGCUUCAAGCCAUUGCUAAAGUUAUCGAGUUUCCGGUUGCUUCAAUGCUACCAGAAGAAGCAUUUUCAGUGGUUAGGAAAUCUUUUGACGCUAGGAAGAUUCUGAAAGAAGCCAAGUUUGUGUAUACUGUGGACUUGGAUGUGAAGACGCUUCUUGAGUUAGAGCCUCGUGCUCAUGAUUUCAUUUUCCGGUUAGAGCCCAAGAUUGGCCUUGUUGAACAUUUGUCUCCCGAGAAGACCGUUUCGGGUGAUUUGAUCAGUGUAGUAAACGAUUGUAAAAGGUCAAACAAUGAUACAUCAUCAUCCGGAGAAUAUGAACCUCGGAUUUUCAAUGGCUCUGGAGAUCCACACCAGCACGGAGGAGGAAGAAGCAAACCGAAAAUCGCAGUUGUUGGCGGUGGUCCGUCUGGUUUGUUUGCAUCUCUUGUUCUUGCUGAGUUUGGUGCGGAUGUGACAUUGAUCGAGAGAGGGCAAGCAGUAGAAGAAAGGGGACGUGAUAUAGGGGCUUUGGUAGUUCGUAAGAUUUUGGAUAUGGAGAGUAAUUUCUGCUUUGGCGAGGGUGGUGCAGGUACUUGGAGUGAUGGAAAGCUUGUUACUCGGAUUGGAAAGAACAGUGCCACUGUUUUAGCGGUCUUGAAAACUUUGGUUCGUUUUGGGGCUCCUGAUAAUAUUCUGGUCAAUGGAAAGCCUCAUCUAGGAACAGAUAAGCUAGUUCCAUUACUCCGUAAUUUCCGGCAUUAUCUUCAAAGCGCAGGAGUGACUAUCAAGUUUGGCACUCGGGUAGACGAUCUUUUGGUAGAGGAUUCUCGUGUGGUUGGAGUCAAACUUUCGGAUUCAACAGACCAAUUCAAGAGUACCUCCCAGGAUUUAAAGUUUGAUGCAGUUGUUCUUGCAGUUGGUCACUCAGCUCGUGAUACAUAUGAGAUGCUUCUUUCUCGUAAUGUGGAACUGACACCGAAAGAUUUUGCGGUUGGUUUGCGCGUUGAGCAUCCUCAGGAGCUAAUUAACAGUAUACAGUACUCGGAGUUAGCUAGUGAAGUUCGUAAAGGACGAGGCAAAGUACCAGUGGCGGAUUAUAAGGUUGUUCAAUACGUGAAUGAGAAGGAGGAGGAUCACGAGCAGUCGUCAUCAAAACGUAGUUGCUACUCCUUCUGCAUGUGUCCUGGUGGUCAGGUUGUUCUCACUAGCACAAACCCAACCGAACUCUGCAUUAAUGGCAUGUCAUUUUCUCGGCGUUCAUCCAAAUGGGCUAAUGCUGCACUCGUCGUCACAGUCUCAGCAAAAGACUUUGAUCUUCUCAAUCUUAAGGGACCCUUAGCUGGAAUUGAGUUUCAGAGAGAGUUUGAAAGAAGAGCGGCUAUAAUGGGUGGUGGCGAUUUUACAGUUCCUGUACAAAGGGUUACUGAUUUUCUGCAAAACAAGUUAUCUGAAUCGCCAUUACCUCCAUCAAGCUAUAGAUUAGGAGUGAAGUCUGCAAAUCUGCAUGAACUGUUUCCUGCUCAUAUCACACAUUCUCUGCGACAGUCUGUCUCUAUGUUUGAAAAAGAGUUACCGGGAUUCAUCUCAGAGGACGCACUCCUCCACGGCGUAGAGACAAGAACAAGCUCUCCUGUACGGAUACCUCGAAGCAACGAGACCUACGAGAGCACGAGCUUAAAAGGUCUAUACCCAGUUGGUGAAGGAGCUGGUUAUGCUGGUGGGAUUGUAAGUGCUGCAGUGGAUGGUAUGUUUUCGGGUUUUGCUGUUGCCAAAAGCUUUGAUCUCUUUGAUGGAACCAUAGAGUCAGUUAUUGGAAAGGCUCAAGGUGCUGGACUUCUAAAGUACUGAUUUUGAUGAAGAAGACAAUCAAAACUUUCAUCAAUCAGUGGUGACUGCUUCGUCCUCCGAAUCAGAUUUUUGCUGCACCAGAGCUCAAGAACUUAUACCAAUAAGGAUGCUCAAAUGAGAAGCUGGAAUCAUCAGCAGCCAGAAGAAAUUUUGCCUUAUUUAUGUAAAUAUCCCAAAACAUUAGUAGUCAAGAAAGUAGUCUACUGUAGUUUCCAGUGACUAGUUUUUGUUUUAUUCUUUUGAUAUCUUUUUACGGCAUAGACUAAGAGAUUCAUACGGGAGCAAAGAUGAUUACUACACAAUCUUUUUCUUUUUAUAUACUAUAU